ACUCCCAGCAGGCAGCGGGCGGCCACUUUCUCUCUGCCGUCACCUCGCCAACCCCUUUGCGCGCGCGCCCUCUUUCCCUUCACCCCGCUUCCUGCUCGCCCUGGUUUCUUUCUUUUGACAUAGAUAAGACGGGCUAGCGAGAUAGAUAGAUAGAGAGAUAGAUAGAUGCAGAUAGUAGAUAGCUAGCUCUCUCCCAAGGAGACAUUCCCCGCUUUAUGGAUGCCAUGUGGUUACUGACCGCCACUAUGCUCACCCUAAUAACCCAUCGCUAACCAGCCUGCCACCAUAUCAUCCUCCGUUAAGCUCAGCUCCCUUGCCCUCUUUCCCCCUUGAGGCCAACACCCCCCUCCCUGCUCCACCACAAACCUAGCUAUAAGUUUCCAGCUUACAAGUUAGAACAAGUCACAACACAGCACAGCACAGCACAGCACGCCCCAACAACCCCACCGCCCAAGAAACACACCACGGCAAAGAAUCUCCGGUCCUAAUCGCACCGGAGCGAGCCGUCCAUGGAGUACAAGAGGCCAUCGCAUGUGGAGGAGGACGAGGAGCUGGACGGGGAGGAGGAGGAAGAGGAGGAGGACGAUGAGGAGGAGGACGAGGAGGAAGACGAGGAGCAGGAAGAGGGGGUGAUGAGGGAGGACCGUCGGCACCAGCACCAGCACCAGCACCAUCAUCGUCAUCACUACACCACGGCGCCCGCCACGGCCGCGCCCCCGCAGCACCUGCACAUGCACGGCCGAGCUCCCCAGGUUCUUGGCUCGCCUGCCGCGGCUGCUUCCUCGCCCUCCUCGUUGAUGGAGGCAGCCGCUUUCUCCAGGCCCCUCCUGCCUCCCAACUCCUCCCUCGUCUCCUCGCCGCCGCCGCCGCCGCAGGCGCCGCCCGGCUUCCUCUUGCCCCAGCACCAGCAUCCCAACCGGAGAAGGAUGGACAGUGAGAGGGAGCGGGAGAGAACGGUGGAGGCAGCACCUGGGGAGGCCCACCGCCAGCACCACCACCAGCAGCAGCCGCAGCACCAGCGCCAGCGCCAGCAUGAGCCGGCAAGAAACGGCGUUCUUGGUGGUGGCGCCAUGCCUCCCCCGCCGCCUACGCUUGCCAUCGUCACCGGCUCCUCCACAAGGGCACCGGGCGAGCACGGUGGCGCCACGGGACCGGAGCCGUUGCCGUGGAGGUACAGGGAGUGCCUGCGGAACCACGCCGCGCGGAUGGGCGCGCACGUGCUCGACGGCUGCGGCGAGUUCAUGCCGUCCCCGGGCGACGGGGUGGCCGCGCUGGCCUGCGCCGCGUGCGGCUGCCACCGCAGCUUCCACCGCCGCGAGCCGGUGCUGGUGGUCCCCUCGCCCUCGCCGUCCCCGGCCUCCGCCGUGGUGUCCCCCUCCGCGACCCCAGCCGGCGCCAACUCCCGGCUCAUGCCGCUCCUCCUCGCCCCGCCGCACAUGCAGCAGAAGCGCCCGGCCGUCCCGGCGUCCCCGAUGUCCGCGCCCGCCGCGCUGGCCGAGUCGUCGAGCGAGGAGCUGCGCGCCCCGCCGCCGCCUCCGCCUCCGCCGCAGGCGCAGGCGGCCGUGGGGUCGGCCUCCGCGCCCCCGGCGCCGAGCAAGAAGCGGUUCCGGACCAAGUUCACGCCGGAGCAGAAGGAGCGCAUGCUGGAGUUCGCGCACCGCGUGGGCUGGCGCGUCCAGAAGCCCGACGGCGGGGUGGUGGACGCCUUCUGCGCGCAGGUCGGCGUCCCCCGCCGCGUCCUCAAGGUGUGGAUGCACAACAACAAGCACCUCGCCAAGACCUCGCAGCCGCUGCCGCCGCUCCACCACGACCAUCCUCCUCCUCCUCCUCCCCACCACCAGCACCACCACCCGCCGCCGCCCCACCAGCAGCAGCAGCAGCAGCACGGCGCAUGAGCGAGCAGCAGCAGCGACACAAUGCUAGAGGACGCAUUAGCCAUUAGCAAUUUUUAUUUAUCCCGUGUAAUUCCCGUAACCUCAUCGUUGUCAGGUGUUAACUCAUGCGUCGGCAGUCACUUAGGAGGAGGGAGUAGACCAGUAAUGUGAUGAGGCAGGCAUGCAUGCAUGCAUUCCAUCUUCCUCUUGCUCAUUGCUUCCAUGGACAAAUAACAACGGUUAGGUUAGCAUGGUGAACCCAAAUGCUUCUUGCUUAGAUCCUACUACUACUACAUUGAAGAUUC